UGCGCGGAGGCGAACCUGCGGGUAUAAAACUUGGACGCGACUGUUAAAGUUUAGUUUAGUUUAGUUUUUUAAGUUUUGGGUUUUUUUUUUUUAGUUUUACUUAAGGACGAGCAGCGUCCAAUGAACGGGCGGCAGAUGUGACGACGCCGCCGGGCGCUGCCGCUCGUCACGCCCCCAGCAUGGAGACAAGCCGCGCGGACUGGCGCUCGCGCAGACGGACAGCCGCCCCGGACAGUGGUUGGUUGGGUGCCGCCAUGGGAGUUGCGACAACGUCCAAGUUUUCAGAGUUCCCAUCACCCGCGUCUCGGCACCGCUAAGGCAGGAAGAACCUCGCGUCUGAUUAUUUUGGGGUGCGUGUUUUUUUUUUAAUUUCCAACCUUUAUUCCCCCCAACCCCCACCCCCACCCCCACCCCAAAAAAGCCAUCCACCCUCACCUGAAACGCGUCUCCGUCAGGAUGUUGACGAUGUCGGAAAGCCGGGUAAAAAUCACAGAAGUCGGUCUCUCUCAAUGAGAGCGACCUCCUCCUCCUCCUCCUCCUCUUCUUCAUCAUCCUCCUCCUCCUCUCCUUCCUCCUCCUCGGCGCCGCACAAAGGGGACCGCGGAACAAGUACUACUUAUUUUGCUACCAGCUUUUGCGUUUUUUUUGUGUUGUUUUGUUUGAAUGUCACAGGAGAGGCAGGGGGGCUGCCUGAAAGGCAAAAUGGACCACUUCGCAGCCGAGUGCCUUGUCUCGAUGUCAAGUCGAGCCGUUGUCCACGCUCCCAGAGGGAGUAAGGAGAUCAAACCGGAGACUCCGUCCUCCUCCAAGAGCGGAGAGGACGCCAGAGACCCCCUGGUGCGAGACAACUCCUCUCUUUUCGUGGUGGCGCGAAUCCUGGCGGAUUUCAACCAGCAGACUCCUCGCAACAAUGUAGCCGAUCAGGCCAAAAUAAAGGAGGAGGAGGAGGAGGAGGAGGAGGAGGGCGGCACGCCGAAGCUCGCGGAGGAUGGACACUCUGCCACACCUACCGCCGCCCCGGACCCUCCGCUUAGACAAAGGGGCAAAAGACUGAGGGGUCGCGUCGAGCAGGAGUCGGCCCAGAAAAAGCACAAAUGCCACUAUUCGGGUUGUGAAAAAGUUUAUGGCAAAUCAUCCCACCUCAAAGCCCACCUGAGGACGCACACAGGAGAGCGGCCUUUCCCGUGCACUUGGCCGGACUGCAGCAAGAAGUUCGCUCGCUCCGACGAGCUGGCCCGCCACUACCGCACCCACACGGGGGAGAAGAAGUUCGGCUGCCCGCUGUGCGACAAGCGCUUCAUGCGCAGCGACCACCUGAUGAAGCACGCCCGCCGCCACUCGGAUUUCCAGCCCGGCAUGCUGAAGAGGUCCCAGGGCGGCAGCGCCACACGCCCCGGCUCCCUCAGCGACUACAGCCGCUCCGACGCCUCCAGCCCCACCCUCAGCCCAGCCGACUCGCCUUAAACUGAAAAAGAAAAAAAGAAAGGAAGAAAAACAAACAAAAAACAAACCCCCCGGUCGCACUUUUUCCUCCUCCGACCCGCGAGGCCUGUGCUCUUCUUCGUAACACUCGUGUUGCACAGUCGUCAGCAACCGCCCCCCCCCCCCCCACCGCCCCUUUGCUAAUCCUGCGCUUGCUGUGGUGUACCAUACUGUACAUAACCGCUUACUGUAGUGCAAUUACUUGUGUGGUCCUAAAGAAGGUAAUGCCUUUCCCAGAUGGCAAUAUUUACAUUCUGUACCAUAUGUCUGUAUUUUCUUUCACCUCUGACCCCGGCUAGCUGUCCGAGUGUAUGUCCUCUGUCGAAGAAACAAAAGUAGAGAAGAAGAGAGAAGCCGACAAACUGACGAGUCUUAUCA